GGCGGGGGCAGUGCCAAGAUGUCGGCGGCAGCGCUGCCCGAGCUGAAGCAGAUCAGCCGGGUGGAGGCGAUGCGCCUAGGGCCGGGUUGGAGUCACUCAUGCCACGCCAUGCUUUACGCCGCCAAUCCCGGGCAGCUCUUCGGCCGCAUUCCCAUGCGCUUCUCGGUGCUGAUGCAGAUGCGCUUCGACGGGCUGCUGGGCUUCCCCGGCGGCUUCGUGGACCGGCGCUUCUGGUCGCUGGAGGACGGGCUGAACCGGGUGCUGGGCCUGGGCCUGGGCUGCCUGCGCCUCACCGAGGCCGACUACCUAAGCUCGCACCUGACCGAGGGCCCGCAGCGCGUCGUGGCGCACCUGUACGCCCGGCAGCUGACGCUGGAACAGCUGCACGCCGUGGAGAUCAGCGCGGUGCACUCGCGCGACCACGGCCUGGAGGUGCUGGGGCUUGUGCGUGUCCCCCUGUACACCCAGAAGGACCGCAUGGGGGGCUUCCCCAACUUCCUGAGCAACGCCUUCAUCAGCACUGCCAAGUGCCAGCUGCUGUUCGCCCUCAGGGUGCUCCACAUGAUGCCGGAGGAGAAACUGGCCGAGGCCCUGGCUGCCGCCACUGAGAAGCAGAAGAAGGCCCUGGAGAAGCUGCUGCCGGCUUCCUCCUGA